AUGUCUGAAAACCAGAGACAACAACAACUAGCUGCCGCCAGGAAACAACUUGGACAAUAUCGUGAGAGAAACAGCCUCACGGGUCCUGCAGGAGCCAACAACAUACAGCCUCAAAUCCACAGAGCAUCUGAGACCAAUCCUGUGGAUAAGCCACUUGAAGAGGCCCUCCAAGACCACAAUGCUCCGGUAAUGGCAGAUCAAUCUCCAUUCCCUCCCAGUGUCCCUUCCCCUCAUCCUGUUACAAGCAACACAGCAUCAGUUGAAGACCAUGAUGCUGAAUUCAGCCUGAACAGUACGGCCGGACUCGAGAACCUGAAACAACUGUCUGAAAAGCUUAUGAGCUUUGUGUCUGACACCACACUCCAGGACGACAGGGAUCAUCUCCCAUGUUCUGAAAUGAUGGAGGAUCUGGAAGAGCUAUACGAAGGGCUGGCAGAAGCCCUGGACACCUGCUGUAAAUCCAACUUACAACUCACCAAGAAGGUGAAACUAUUGGACAAAAAAAACAGAGAAAGUCUGAAUCAAUUACACCAACAAAAAGCCAACCAGCAAAACUUACUGCAAGAAAACAACGAGCUAAGAAAACACCUGCAGCUCCAUAAGCAAACCAUUCAAAUUCUAGAAGCAGAAAAGAACCAUUUGCACACAGACCUGGCCCAGCUACAGCAGGUAGUCGCUGAUAAAUCAUGGGAGAUGCAGAGUCUUACCAACAGCCUGCAGUCUUCCCAAAUGCGAGUGGCAGAGCUAGAGGCUGUCCUUUCUUCCAUGACCACUCAGCAGGAGGAGGAAAAGGAGCACUCUAGGGAGCUCAGGAGGCAGACAGACAGCCUCCAAGAGGAACUGAGAAAAACCAACAAGACCAUUAGAGAACUACAGGAGUACAACUCCACAUUGGAAGAACGUCUUCAAGCAACCAGAGAACACGGAAUGGAGGAGCUCCAAAAGGAGCUAGCAACAUCAACCAUACUCCCUUUAAAGUGUUCUGGCCCUUUGGCACAGCAAGUCAAUCCUCAGGAUUUGCCACAGGCCAUUGAAGACAAAGCACAACUGGAGACCCAAGUAGGGUCACUGAAAGAGGAGCUGGAGAACAUGGCCAGACAGCUUCAAGCACAGCUGGACCUCAAUAAGACCUUAAGUCAACAAAAACUCCAGCAGGAAGAGCAGCUGCUGGCCCUAGAGCUGGCCUCCAAGAUGUGCAAUGAGCAGGCAGUAGCUCGCCGGGAUCAAUUAUUAGAGACCCUGACCCACAAUCAAAGCACCAUAAGAGAUGCUCUGGGAGAGAACCAGCACCUCAGGAACCAGCUGGCCCAACUGCAAGAUGGCUUGGGAAAGCUCAGCAGUCACAACACCCAGCUGACCAGCACCUUGCAGGCAGAGCAGCAUACAAAGAAACAUCUGGCCAAGCAGCUGGAGCAGCUGCAGCAGGAGGUGCUGCAGGGCAGGAGGGAAAUCCAGUCAGUCAACCAGAAUUUGCAGCAGACCCAGGAGCAGCUCACAGCUACCAUGCAGCAGAACCAGCAGCUGCAGGCUCAGGUGAGUCUCCUGGCUGUCCCUGCAGGAAGUGAAAUAGAAGGGACAAAGGAUGAUGAGGCCGCCAGGCUCACCCUCACCAUCCCUGACAAUGUUGAGAGCAGAGAAGACAUCAUUGCUUUUGUCGCUCAGGCUCAAACCUCAGCUGAAGCAGAGAGGGCCCGGCUGGGGCACCAACUGAGGCAGCAGAAAUUGCGCUGCCAAUGCCUGGCUCAACUCGCAGCCCUGAACCACACCAGGCCUGAGCAGGAGGCCCUAGCCCCACACAGUGGGGGGGACUCCAUUUCUCAGGAAAUACAGAGUAUCAUGCAGAAGAUAGAAAACCUUGCAAGGUUUUUCAAGGAAGACCUUCGUGUCAAAACAUUCGUAAAAGAGCAAGUGGAAGACCUUGAACUCCUCUUCAUGCAGCUCAGAGGAGAGGUGGACAGCAUCCCAGACGAUGCUGCUUUCUAUGGCAGACAUCUGAAGGCGCUGGAGAAGCAACAGCGGGAGAAGGAGCAAUACAUCGCCCAGCUCGACCGGGACACACAACAGAUGGCACUGGAGCUGCAGGAUCUACUGUUGCAACUGGAGCAGGGAAAAUCUCAGGCAGCCUCUCAGAGCCCACCUGGGAAACCCACCUCAGGCCCCACAGGCCCCCAAGAAGCUGCCUCAGCCUGUGCUGACGAUUUCGAAGAUAUAGACAUCAAUGAAGAUGAGGACACUGCAGCAGGAGGGACACGGGAGGCUUCACUCCUGGAGAAGCCCAGUGUGCAGCGCAUAGUACCAGUGCUGCCUGACUUUGAACAAAUGAGGAAGGAGGAGGAAGCAGCAGCAGGCCUGGGCAGCCAGUUCAUCCCUUUUCACUACCGGCCUGCUAAGGAUGACCCGCUAGACAUCUUCGUCAUCUAA